GAUGCCUGAAUUAUCUGAGGCAGACAUGGUCAUAUUUCUUGGUGAUCUUAAGUAUCGAUUAGAUGGGAUAUCUUAUGAUGAAGCUAGAGAUUUUUUUUCACAAAGAUGUUUCUAUUGGCUUAGAGAAAGGGAUCAACUUAGAGCAUAAAUGGAAACUGGAAAUGUCUUUCAAGGAAUGCGUGAGGCAGAUAUUAGGUUUCUUCCCACAUACAAGUUUGAAAGACACCAAGUUGGUUUAGCAGAGCAAAGCAGAAGAGAUGAUUUGGAGUCUCUUGGUUAUGUGCUUAUGUAUUUUUUGAGGGGAAGUCUUCCUUGGCAGGGAUUAAAAGCAGGUACAAAAAAACAGAAAUACGACAAGAAUAGUGAAAAGAAGAUGCUUACUCCCAUAGAGCAACCAAGUGGGAAACUGGUUCUAAAUCCUGGGCCAUCUGCAGAGAGAAUAGAGAGACCUUCAGAGCAACAUCAUGAGGAGGUUUGCCUUGGAAACCUGAGGAGAUUUCAAUUUAGAGAGCUUCAGAUGGCAACAAACAACUUUAGCAACAAGUACUUAGUUGGAUGA